AUCCUUAAAACACCACUGAUUUUACCUCACUCCGGCACACCAUCACCGUCUUUGCAGUAGGACCGACAACGUAAGGCUGCCAUCAUCAUUUUUUGGAAUGCACAGCCUAUAUGUGGAUCCCCUGUAUAAAAGGCUCAGGUAUAUUCAGCAUUUUCAACAUCAUUUUUCGUCUACGACUUCCCCUCUAGCAUAGUCUAAAUUCACCCCAUAAAGCCAUGUUCAAGUCUAUCAUCUCCCUCGCUUUAUUCACUGGUGCUGCUUUGGCCCAGGGUAUAUUAUUUGGCAGCCCCGCUGAAGGCGCCUCGGUGGCUGCGGGCAGUGAUUUGAUUGUUCAGCUCGAGAAGCCAAACUCUCUGUCCUCGUCUGUGGAAGUUGCUGUUGUCAUCGGCAUCGAGUCGUGCUCGAAUCAACCUUGUCCUGCUCCUACGGAUAUGAUGGGUCAACUUUUGUAUAACGGGCCUUACAACCCCGUGGCCCACGAGCCUCAGUUGCCUCAUUAUCAAAACAUCUCCGUGACGAUCCCAGCUUCGUUGGCCAAAGGAACUGCUCAGCUCAACAUUCUUCACGUGAAUUUGAUCGGCGCUGGUCCGAUCCCCAACCUCCAGAUUCUGAACCGGACGAUCACGAUCACUUGAAUCAGGGAUAUCGGACGGUAACGGCUGAAAAUGAGAAUUUGGACAUUGACACGGGAUUUUUCUUGUGAUACUGGACAAUCUGAUAGAAUCAUCUGGCAUUACAUGGUAUGGGACUUUACUCACAAUGCACCUUGUUUUCAAUGUUUUUACGAUAAUAAUGUACCUUUUUUUGGAUGAUCAAAUAGUAGCAUGUUUGCUUGCUUUGACU